AUGGAUAUCCUACCUAUUCUCAACGAGGUUUUUGCCAUCAACCCAAAUGUGGAGGAUAACAAGGCCUUUUUCAACCAUGGAAUCAACUGGCUCUGGGCUGUGACAGCCAUCCACAUCGUCACCUUUUUGACCAUCCUAUCCAUCUGCUUCGUCGUGCCCGAGAACAAGCGAGUCUUCCACUACCUCUUCACCGUCGCUGUCCUCGUCGGUGCCGUCAGCUACUACGGCCAAGCCGCGACCACCACCCUCUUCUUUGCCAGAUACGCCAACUGGCUCGUCGCCUUUCCUUCUCUCGCCCUCGGACUCGGCUUGGCCAGUGGUGUCUCAUGGACUACCAUUGCUUGCAACAUGGCCAUCACCUGGCUCUGGAUCCUCCCAUACUUUACCGCCGCAUUGACCUUGACCUCUUACAAAUGGGGUUUCUUCGCCUUCGGCACCGUGUCAUACCUUAUCCUCGCCAUGAGCACCCUCAAUGAAAGCUACAAGGAGGCAAAGCGUCGAGGCAUCGGCCGAGACUACCUCAUCUUGGCCGGAUGGGUCAACUUCCUGUGGUUCCUCUACCCCAUCGCCUUUGGCAUCAGCGACGGUGGCCACAAGGUCAGCACGACAGUAGGAUCCAUCAUCUUUGGCGUCUUGGACGUUUUGCUCUUGCCCAUCUUUGCGUUUAUCUUCACCGGCUUUGCGAAUAAAUGGGACUGGCGCAAGCUGGAACUCGACUUUAGUGCUUACCGUGGAAGUCGUCAGCCGGAUAUGGAGGCUGCUCUAGUUUAA